GAACAUGUCCUCCGUAUCGAGGUUGAUGUUUAUCAUUUUAUUAAACCAAGUGUACUCGCGUAAUGUACGAGAUACCGAGGUAAUAUUGUUGCCGGUAUGGGAUUCGAAAGGCGCACUGGAGAUUCCCUUAACAUUCGAAGCCUUUGGGCAGCUGAUCCAGUUGAAUCUACGUAGAAACGACAAUAUAGUAUCGCCCCAGUUUCAAGUCUGGAAACACAAUGCGAAGGGCAUCACGGAAGAAUUGUCGCAGUUAAGUGCACCGGAUCCUUGCCAUUACCUUCACAAAAAUCACGUCGGUUCCGCAGCCAUAAGUUUUUGUCAAGAACACGGACUGCACGGACUCGUCUUUCUGGAGGACGUUACGUUGGAGAUUACGCCUUUGCGAGACGUUCUCGCGGCUUCAUCCUUUGACGGCCAACUCGUCGACGACCGUUACGUUGAAGAGGAGGAAGAAGAAGAUGAGGAUGAGACGAGGCUUCCGUUAGGUGGCAAACCUCACGUGGUCAAGCGAUCGCCGUCGAGAGCGAAUCUGGAUCGAGAAGCGAAGCGACGCCGAACGCUAGAUUCCAAGGACAGCGAGUUGACGUUAGAGCUGGCAGUCUUCUUCGACGAGGCUGCGUAUCGCUUGUUCUCGCCUUACCUGGACGAGGACGACGAAAAGAUUCGCGACAUGUUGUUGGCAUACGUGAAUGGCAUCCAAGCGCUCUAUCACCAUCCGAGUCUCGGCGUCCCGCUCGACAUCUCGUUGAUUCGCUUGGACAUUAUCGAGAGGCAGCCACUCGACCUACCGCACUUUGGCGGCGAGAGAGGCAGCCUGCUGGAUUCGUUUUGCAAUUACGCGAAUGCCCGCAAUCCCGCGGAGGACGGUGACUCGCGCCACUGGGACAUGGGCCUCUACGUGACUGGGCUGGAUCUUUACGCGAUCGAGAGCGGAAGGAGGAACGGCGCUACCAUGGGACUGGCCACCGUCGGCGGUUUGUGUAUCCCGCGCUAUUCCUGCGUGAUAGCGGAGCUGGGAGUUACGGAUCAACUCGGAAAGCCGUAUCCGUCCGCGGGCUUUACCUCAGUUUACAUCGCCGCUCACGAGAUCGGUCACAAUUUAGGAAUGCCGCACGACUCGAGCGGCAACGCGUGUCCGAGGGACGGAUACAUAAUGUCGCCCAGUAGAGGAGUCCGAGGCGAGACGAUCUGGUCCUACUGUAGCCGCGAGGUAGCGGAGACUCUUACGCGGACCAAAGUCUGCCUCUUGGACCGAGCGGAGCCACGAAACGGCACGGAUGCGGUUGCUCACGAUCACUCGCGGUAUCGCGACCUACCUGGGAGAGAGUGGACCGCCAAGAGGCAGUGCGAGUUACUCUUGCGCGACAAGGACGCGGACGUGGUCACGUUGGAUCAGGCCUGUCAGUCGUUGCAAUGCGAAACGCCUCACAGAAGUGGAUACUACUUUGCAGGGCCGGCGUUGGACGGAACUCGGUGCGCGCCCGGUAGCGAGUGUCGCGGCGGGGAAUGCGUGUCCGUUGCCGACCCGUCGGAAUUGUCCGACGGUCCAAGAGGCAGCUGGAGCGAGUGGAAGGAGGGCUCCUGCGAAAGCGGUUGCCUGCAAAGGUCGAAAGGUGCUCGAGUCAGACGACGAUUCUGCGAGACUCGAAGUCGUAGGACGACGGCGAGGGAUUGCAAGGGCCUGUAUUACGACGUGGUCUUGUGCAAGGAUGAGAAGCUUUGCAAAAGGAAGCGGAGGACGGUCGAGGAAUUGGCGACGCUGAAGUGUGCCCUCUUCGCCGAGAGACUCGCAGCGUUGGACGGCACGGCGAAGGGACUGCAGGCGGCUCACGAGGCCGACAGGCCGUGGAUGGCCUGCGCUAUAUUCUGCCGACGGAAGGACAUUGCCGCUUAUUACGCGCCGCGCCUCGAAUUGAACGACCUUGGCCUCGACCCGUACUUUCCAGACGGUACGUGGUGCCACGCCGAGGAGGGCCAGCGUUACUUUUGCCGUCAGCAUCACUGUCUGCCGGAGAGCUUUCGAUUCGGGAAAAAGCUACAGAGGACUCAUCGGUAUGACGAGGACGAGGCAGAUCAACUUGGCCCGCAAAAUGCGCCGACCAGUCGACGACUCGGAAUCGCAAAGUACCUGACGUCAGGGCCGGGUGGUCUACCCUUGCUGACCUCUGUGUCGCGCGGCGAGGACGAUUGGGUCGACGACAAGGAUUACGUAGAGCUACCGCGGGCCGCGAUUUAGCGAUUGUAAGAGGAUCCGCGCGAAAAGCUGUCUCGAGAGAUGAGCGCGAUGACGUCAUCCU